AUGUGCUGGUCGGACUGUGGCUCGAACUUUGUUGGAGCACAGGAAUACUUGAGGGAGGUGAUGCAAGGCUGGGACAUUCCCAAGAUACAAAGCACCGUUUCAGAGGAAUUUGCCUGCAAUUUCGAGUGGCAGUGGGACACCCCACGUGCAAGUCAUCAAAACAGAAUUGUCGAGUCGCUAAUCAAGUCCGUCAGACAAGCCCUCAACAGUGUGUGUAAGAACCAGGCGCUUACUGAAGAACAGUGGAGGACAUUCCUGGUUGAAACUACCUACAUGAUCAACAGCCGGCCCCUCUACCCAAGUUCCGAGGACGUCUGGGAAGAACCACCAAUUACGCUGAACGACAUCCUGAUCAGAUAA